GGUAAAGUUAACAUUUUGUAAUAUUUUCAGAAAAAGAGUGCAAUAUUUCCAGAAAAGAGAAGUAUAAUAUUCACGUUAAAACAAAAAAAAACAUUCAUCCGAGUCUUUUCUCAAAUCCCUAAUUAACAUUGAAUAUCAUUUUCGCACUUGAUUUUCCCUCAAUUCUGAUUGAAUUCAAUACUUUCUCAUCAUCUUUUUGCUCGAUCAAAUCCAGUGUGAGAUUGUAUUUUUUAAUUACUCAAAAUUUGAAAAUUUCUGGUUUGGUUUUCCCUAAUUCUUAGAUUUUUUGAUCUUGUUCUGUAAUUUCUUUUGGAUGAUUCACUUCACUGAGAAAAGAUCAAGACUUUCUGGUUAAUUUCAUGUCAAUUCUUCAGUUGGUAGGAUGAGUGUCCACUCAAUUGGAGGAGCAAGUACUCCAAAGACCUUUGAUGCUUACCCCCGAGUCGAAAUCGAUAUCGAGUCAUUAGGUUUUAGAAACCCUAGAAGAGCUAGAAAUUCUAAAUUUAAUCUCAUAAAAAUGUUUAAAUCAGCUGCAAACCGUUUCAAGUGUUAUUUCAAGUUACAUCCUGUAUUGGUCUUUUUAUCAAUUUUGUCAUUUGGGGUGGCAAUUCUAACCAUUCUUUCAUUUUAUGAAAACCGUGUUCGAUUAGUGUAUACUUAUAGGAAAAUUGAUUCGAAACCGGAAAUUUAUCCCCUUCCGAAGCUUAAAAACCUUGUGAUGGUUGCUGGGCAUUCAGUUUAUACUAGUAAUGAUUAUGGGAAAGUUGACAAUGAGAAAUCUUGGUUUUUGGAGUCUUAUCAAAUGCACCCUGGCCAAGCUGCCACUUUUUUGGCCCAUAUAAAACAGGGUGUUGAGGUUGCAGCGAAGGAUGAUCAGGCUUUGUUGUUAUUUAGUGGGGGAGAAACUCGAAAGGAUGCCGGUCCCCGUAGUGAAGCCCAGAGUUAUUGGCUUGUUGCUGAAUCGAAAGCGUGGUUUGGGGGAGGAAAUAUCAGGGAGAGAGCACUUACGGAAGAACAUGCAAGAGACAGUUUUGAGAAUCUUCUCUUUAGUGUUUGUCGAUUCCGGGAGCUCACUGGCACAUAUCCUCAAAACAUAACUGUCGUAAGUUAUGAUUUUAAAGAGGAAAGGUUCGCACAGCUUCACAGGUUAGCUAUUGGCUUUCCUGCAUCAAGGUUUUCUUACGUGGGCACCCCUGCAUCGGCAACUUCUGAAGCAGCAGCUAAGAAAGGUGAAUCAUUAGUGAGAUCUCAGUUCGAAAACGACCCAUAUGGCUGCCUCAGUUCGCUCCGUCAUAAGAAAUUGAGGCGUGAUCCUUUUCACCGGUCAAUCCCUUAUCCCAGUGGUUGUCCCGAAAUUGAAGGGUUGUUCAAAUAUUGUGGAAUGUCUCUUUAUGGAGGCCCUCUACCAUGGGGUUAACUUAUUUCUAUGUGAUUAUAUAUACUUUCCGUCACCAUCUACUUGAUGAGCUUCCAAUGACGUUUCCAGGUUACUGCAAAUAGAGAAAACAAAAUUCCAAUUCAGGCAGGGCACCUUCCUUUGAUCUGCUUCAACGUGAAGAAAACAAGGAGAUACAACUUUUUGCUCUAAUCCUUAAACGUACAUGUAGCGAGUUUUUACAAAGUUGCUACAUCUCCUAUGCUUGCUUUUGAAAAAAAAAAAAAAAAACCGUACGAAGUACAAGUAUAAUUUAGGUUUAAAAAACAUUUCAAAUAAUCGGGUGUUGCAUAGUAAUUUAGCGAACGACCAGUUGCAACACAAAUGUAUUUCCUUAGUUGCGAGACAUGAAACACGUCAUGCACUUGAUUUAGAUCCAUGGGUAAAGCUAAUAUAUAGGCUACCUUUCCAAUC